AGCGGCUGGAUUACUGCAUUAAGGUGGCGUAGCGUUUCGUUGAUCUCCUUUGCCUCACAUGUCCAUCCAGGAAGAGAAGAAGUCUGAUGCCUUUACAGAAAAUGUAGUCGCAGUGUCGAAUGACGAUGAUGACUUCAGGCUAUUGACUGCGGACGCCAGGAAGGCGGGAGAACGAGCACUGGUGCGCAAAUUGGACCGCCGGCUGAUACCCACUGCUGCGGUCAUAUACCUCUUGAACUACAUUGAUCGUGUUGCUGUUACUGCUGCGCGGCUGCAAGGUUUAGAGCAAGAUCUCGGGUUGACAACCGUUCAGUAUGAAACUAUUAUAGCUAUUCUUUAUGCCACUUAUUGCCCGAUGCAAAUACCUUCGAAUAUGAUUUUGGGCUAUAUUUCACGACCAUCAAUUUAUAUUGGAGCCUGCGUUGUUGGAUGGGGCCUUACCAGUGCUUUGACUGGGGUCACAACUAAUUUUUCAGGCAUGAUGGCUUGUCGUGUAUUCAUUGGUGUUCCUGAAGCUGCGUUCUAUCCUGGUGUCAUGUAUCUGCUUUCGCGAUGGUAUACCAGGAAGGAACUUGCCAUGCGGUCAGCUUCGUUUUAUUUUGGCUCUUUAAUCUCGAAUGCAUUUGGAAACUCAAUUGCAGCUGGAAUUCUCGCAAAAAUGCAAGGCGUACUGGGACUUUCGGCCUGGAGAUGGUUGUUCUACAUAGAGGGCGCCAUCACCAUGGCCUUUGGCCUCUUGACCAUGUGGCUUCUUCCGGAUUUUCCCCAUAACACUCGAUGGCUUAACGCAGCGGAACGCCACUUGAGUCAAGUUCGCCUCGCAGAAGAUGCAGGGGAGGCAGACAAGGAUUCCGAUAACCUUACUAUUUACGAUGGCUUUUUGCUGGCCAUCAAGGAUCCAAAGACCAUCAUUUUCAUGUUCAUGACCUGCACGCAACUUCUAGGUCUGAGUUUUACCAACUUUUUCCCCACCUUGACUGCCACGCUUGGUUUCAGCACUACUGUCACACUUUUGAUGGCGUCUCCUCCAUGGAUAUUCACGUCAGUCUGCUGCUUACUCAAUGCAUGGCAUGCAGAUAGGUCUGGAGAGCGAUUCUUCCAUAUUACUGGCUGGUGGUGGGUGGCCAUGGUUGGAUAUAUCAUCUCUCUAUGCACCAUGGCUACGGGCGGGCGAUACUUUUCCUUGUUCCUCAUGACCUCUGGAUAUUGUGGAUUUGCGUUGACAUUGACCUGGGUUGCAAACGCCAUUCCUCGUCCACCGGCAAAACGCGCCGCAGCUCUUGGUCUUGUCAAUGGGUUUGGAAACCUCGGUAAUAUGAUUGGCUCGUAUAUCUGGAAUGCUUCGUGGGGUCCUCAAUACCAUCAAUCCAUGAUUAUAGCAUUGUGCAGUCUCGUUUUGUCCUCAGCCCUGAGCUUCCUAAUGCGGUGGAUAUUAAUCAAAGAGAAUAAGAACAUGGCUAUGGAGGAGAAGAAACUAAUCGAGGGUCCUGGCCGCGAACGUAUUGAAGAAGCUGCUAGAUUGGAAGGGAUUACAUUCGAGGAGGCUGUGAAAAGAAGGAAGGGCUUCAGGUAUUUGUAUUGAUCUUCCUUUUUUCGGCUUCAGAUUAUGGGGCUUUGGGUUAUUGACCCUAUGUUGGAUGGACAUUUACUCGUCAUAAGCCUGAGCUUUCUUUAGUUUGGUUUUUGUUAACUGAAUUGUAUCGGGGGAUGACUCUUACUAUAUUGAUCUUUAAGAGACACUUGAGUCAUGUACAGUACAUCAGGGAAAACCUCCUGC